AUGGCAGCCAAGCCGGUCGAGUCGCCGACUGCCUUUGAGUCACCGACAGUCGCUCCGACAUCGCCAACGUACACGCCAACAGAGGUGGUCUCGGAGUUCGAUUGCGAUGAGGGCCUCGAUGAGGAGUUUGAGGGCCUGCCGGCCUUAAGCGAAGCAGACCACCUGUGGUCACUUUGUGAGGACCCCUACAUGCUCAAGGAGAUGCAGGCUCUUGGGGUCAUGGAGAAGGAGGUGGUCGAUGUGCAGGCCAUAGAUGAGGAUUUGUGGCGGAGGUACAUCGACCGCGUGGUGAGCCGGGCGGAGGAGUGGGGCUUCGACGUGUCCAAUGAUGAGUUCAGCGAGUCCUCCAGCAGCGAGUAUGAGUGGGUGGUGUGCGAGGAACCCUUGCCUAAGCGGGUCGCAGAACCGGAGCCGUACGAGUGGGUGGUGUGCGAGGAACCCUCGCCUAAGCGGGUCGCAGAACCGGAGCCGUACGAGUGGGUGGUGUGCGAGGAACCCUCACCUGAGCGGCUUGCAAAACCGGAGCCGAAAAGGCGACGGAUUUAG